UCCGAAUUUCAAAGCGAUGGGAAAAGUGUGUAUAGCAGGAGCAGCACAUGGCGACGUUCGUUCCUUCUUCUUCUUCUUCUUCCACUUUCCGACCGACGUUGCUUCGCUGCUCCAACGAGCGCCGGGAGCUGUUUAGCCGCAUUGCACCUGUCUAUGAUAACCUCAACGAUUUGCUGAGCCUUGGACAACACCGUGUUUGGAAGCGAAUGGCUGUUUCGUGGACUGGAGUGAAAUUCGGAGACCGUGCGUUGGAUGUGUGCUGUGGAAGUGGGGAUUUAUCCUUUCUCUUGUCUGACAAAGUUGGCUCUCAUGGCAAGGUGAUUGGUCUUGAUUUUUCCAAGGACCAGCUAUCAAUUGCCUCAUCUCGGCAGUGCUCGCUUUCAAAGAAGCGCUUCACGAAUAUUGAGUGGGUUGAAGGUGAUGCUCUUGACUUACCAUUUUCUGAUGGUUGGUUUGAUGCUAUCACUAUGGGCUAUGGUCUUCGGAAUGUGGUUGAUAAGCGUAAAGCCAUGCAGGAAAUUUUACGUGUCCUAAAAGCUGGCGCUACAGUGUCUAUCCUCGACUUUAAUAAAAGCGACGACUCACUAGCUUCUUCAGUUACGGAAUGGAUGAUUGACAAUAUUGUUGUCCCUGUUGCCUCUGUUUAUGAUCUUUCAGAGGAAUACAGAUAUCUCAAGAGUUCAAUAAGAGAAUUUUUAACAGGGAAGGAAUUGGAGAAACUUGCCUUAGAAGUUGGAUUUUCUGCCGCCCAACAUUAUGAGAUUGGUGGAGGCCUCAUGGGGUGUUUAGUAGCUAAGCGUUAGAGCUAAGAUGGGAUUUGUGGAUUUAUCUUUUCUAUGAACAGAUUAUUUCCCCCUUGUGGGCUGUAUUCAGGUUGUAAAAUCAUAAAAUCUGUUGUUAAUCCAUGUGCAUUACUAUUGAAUAAACAGUUGCUCUUCUAUUGCCCAGCAUUUUGUUAUUUUUAUAUGCGGAGAUAAAUGUUCCAUGGAAAUGCUCCAGUCACGUUUUCA